ACUGGAAUCAUUUUAUUCCUUAACAAAAUUGAUAUUUUGAAGCAAAAACUUGCAAUAUCACAAGUCAAAAAACAUUUUCCUGGUUACAAAGGUGAUAACAAGUAUGAUAGUGUUUCUGCAUAUUUUAAAAAACUAUUUUUGGAAUGUAAGAAAAAUGAGAAACAAAAUAUCUAUAUUCAUUUCACACAUGCUACAGACACAGAACAAAUGAGAAUAAUUGUAGGUUCGAUAGAUGAUCUUAUCAUGAGAAUCAAUCUUGAAAAAUCAGGUCUUAUCAAAUAA